GUGAAACCGUUUCAAUUGGGUAUCGAAUGUAUACGGAACAUGUUCGUCGAUUUAGCACGUGUAAUUUUAGUCGUUUCAAAGUAUUCAAGUCAAAAGUUAUUAAAUACAUUUUAAUUACUUUGUAAGAGUCAUUAAAAAGUAGAAUUUGAGACACGUGUUUUUUUAGUGAAGUUCAUAGUAACGUGUUUGAUAUACAGUAACACAUCAUCGAUGAAAUCUAAUCAUUUACCCAAGUAAUAACCUCGUACAACAUUCGAAAUGAGUGUAACCGCCCCCAUAGUGAAAAUAUCCGAAGUGGCCCCCAGCGUCGAAAGUUUACAAGAAACUCCACCGGACACCGAAACCUUCAACAAUUCCACGCUAAGAACCGACCACAAAUUUCAAGGUAGAGGAUCGAUUCUGUCUUCGGAAAUAAGUCUUUUUAUAGAAAAAACCGGACAGAAAAUACCGGACGGGGGAUGGGGUUGGUUGGUAGUUUUGGCGUGUUUCGUUAUCAAUAUGUUAUCGGAUGGGGUUGGAUUUACGUUCGGGUUGCUUUAUAAGGAGUUUUUGAUUGAGUUCGGCGCUUCUAAAUCGGCUACGUCGUGGAUAGGAAGUCUUUUUAUGGCUUUACCACUAAUAGCAGGUCCUCUUGGAAGCGCUCUGGUAGACAAAUACGGAUGUAUGACGAUGACAAUAGCAGGAGGAAUAGUCUGCACGUCAGGUCUGGCUCUAAGUUCGUACGCGCAAACCAUAGGUGUGAUGUAUUUAACAUUCGGAGUCGUAGGUGGAUUAGGCCUUACGCUUUGUUUCAUAACGGCCGUCGUUUCAAUAGCGUUUUGGUUCGAAAAAAAACGAACAGUGGCUUUGGGUUUAGCGGCGAGCGGUACCGGAUUCGGUACGGCCCUGUAUUCCCCUUUAGCCACGUGGCUCCUCUCCGAAUACGGUUGGCGCGGUACUUUAUUGAUAACGGCGGGAUUUUUCGCCAACAUGUGCGUCUGCGGGGCCCUAAUGAGAGACCCUGAUUGGAUAAUAGAAGAAGAAAAAGAGGAAAAGAGAUUGAAAAAGGCUAGAAAAUCGAGCGUUUCAUCGAUCGAUACAGAAUGUCUCGAAGAAAUCAAACAAACGUUAGAAGAAGGGGGCGAUACGCAAUAUCUGCUUCAAGAUGUCGACGCAACAUUAGAUCUAACCGACAAGGAUAGAUUCAAUUCCGUCGUCGAUUUACCUACUUUCGUUCGAGAUAACGAAAAGGUGCCGCUCGAAGUACUGAAACAUCUCAGCGAGAAUAAACAAAUUUACGAUAUAAUAGUGCAGAAUUAUCCGAAUUUAUUGGCCGGUCGGAGUUCCUCCGAUCGGGGGAUGAAUAUUUUGAACGGCCCCGAUCGGCAUACGUCGAGAGUGCCGGUGAAAUUUUCUAUGAAUAUCAAAAAACAAGAAGAAUCUUCGACGAAACAUCGAGAAUUGCGAGAAAAAAUGGAAAAUAUCGCGAAUUUGGAGACGAUGGGGAUGGCGGAAGCGAAAGAAACGCAAAAUAAAGGGAUGCACUUACUCAGGAGUCUGUCCGUCAAGGCGAAAACUCAAAUUCAACCGCAAUCGUAUCUGAAAAACGUGCGAUUUCGAAAAAAUUCCAUUGGGUACAGAGGCGCCAUGUUGAAUAUCCACAAAUACAAAGUGAAAGCCUCCAGUUGUCCGGACAUUUAUAAAAAUUCGAUGGCGACUUUAUUCCGAGAAGAAGAGAGUUGGUAUGACGAAUUUAUUGACAUUUUAAAAGAUUUGACUAAUUUUUCCUUAUUCUUGGACCUACAUUUCCUUCUACUGUCGCUGUCGACGGUAAUGGUCGACAUGUGGUUCGUCGUACCCUACUAUUAUUUAGCAGAUCACAUGGCGAUACAUCACUAUACGGAUAACGAAGCUGCUUUCGCCAUUUCCGUCAUCGGUAUCACCAACACCAUAGGAAUGGUGUUACUUGGUAUAGUUGGUAAUCGAAUAAAUACCGCCAAAACGUACGCCAUAUGUUUAAUUUUAUGCGGUGCUAGCGUAGGGAUAAUGAUUGUCGUUACGUCAAAUUAUAUUUUGAUACUGGUAAGCGGCGGUUUUUUCGGUUUGUUUUUCGCUAGUACAAUGUCACUAACGCCAUCUUUGCUAGCGGAACUAGUAUCUUUAGAUGAUUUCACGAUGGCUUAUGGUCUUCUGUUAUUAUCUCAAGGAAUCGGGACUCUACUAGGACCUCCUUUAGCGGGAUGGGUGUUCGAUUUGACUGGUUCCUGGGACCAAUCGUUUUAUCAAGCUUGUAUAUGGAUAAUUAUAUCUGGUCUACUCGUAGGAGUGAUUCCCUUCACUCGAAAUAGAAAAUUAUUCACAAAAAAAUAACUAUUUGUACUAGUAAAAUUUCAUAUAAUAAAUACGUUUGAAAAUUA